AUGGUGUCAAAGGUGUCUAACAUAAGUUGGCGCAACGUGAAACUGCGCGCGGCCAAGCAUGCAGGUUUGUGGAUUUUGCGAGUAUAUUUUGGAAUAAUUUUGACCCUUUCAAUUCUCGACAUGUCUUUUUUCACCAUCGCAUCAUCUCACAGGAGUAAAGUAAUUGGAAUGCUUUUUGUUAUAAAACUCAUAAUCACAAAACAUUUCCGCUCUUUUCUAUUCCUAUUUGCAGCAUUUUCAUCCAGAGCAGCCUCCUUCCAAGCUCAUAGGGAAUCUUCGAUCGUGAACGAUGUUAUGAGCCUUAUGUUUAUUGUAACCGCUGUUAGCGGAACUUUACACUUAGCCCAAACACUGGUUACAUUAUCAUUCAAACCAUACCAAUUGACUCUUUGUUUAGUUUCAUUUUGCCAAUGCGAGCUAAAGCAUAGGAUCAAUGACGGAGAUAAGUGCAGACUGCUAGAGAAACAAAUAUUGGACCGUGCAUAUUAUUUAUCAGUUGUAAAGGAAGGGUUAUUCCAAGUCAUAUUCUCUGUUGCUGCCACAAUAGCUCUCUCAUUCAUACUUACAUUUGUCAACAUUUUAUCGUUCAUUUUACCAAUAUUCUUCCACUUUCAAUUGGAUUCAGGACUAUUAGCAUCUAUAAACAAAUUCAGAUACGCAAUGUUUGAGUUCUUAAUUCGGGAUUCUGUAUAUUCAACUGAACAAUCAGCAGAUAUGACCCAAUUAAUCAGUUUAAUACUGUCAAUCUACUUUGUUAUUGUAUUAUCGCUAGUGCUUACUGAGUUAUUGAACAAGUACUCGUAUAAUCUGGACGGAGUUAUAUCGCAUCAAAUACAAGCCAUUCCACAGUGCAAUGAGAUCAACUUUCAAGAUGAAUGCAUUUUGGUUCGUGCUCUGGGAAAUUAUGGGCGUGGCGUUUCCUAUAUGAUAGGUCUUAAGUCUACUGAUCGUCAGCCUAAGGCUCUAAUGGCUGGGAUCUUGCAGCAAUCUGCAGUAUUAAUUCCUGACUAUACCAGAUCCCCACCUGAACCCAUGGGAAUUUCCUGUAACCCGAUGAUGGGAAGCUACUAUGAUGAAACCAGGCAGAGACAGCAUACAGAUCCGGUGGUAUAUAAGAUGCUAUUGGAUCCCAAUUCCAUUUUGUGGAAAACAUAUGCUGACUCUGGUUUGCGAGUGAUUCGUGAAAGUUGUUACCAUUUGGCCACCCUAUCAAGUUUCAUGAACCAAUGCGAUAACUCUCAACAAGAGAUGGAAGUUCACGUCAGGCUGUUUGUUGAGCCCAAUUUAGUUGACAAUUUCACGUACUUCCCGACAAAUUGGGUUAAAAUUCGCUUUGCAAUGGAUUUGAUAACUCUGUCUAUUCUAUACAUAAGGGGAUUAACCUGUUGGCUAUGCAUUGCCAAUUUACUUGGAUGUGAUUCUUUCUCUGUUAAACGCGUUGCUAAAAACAUUAUUGGAGAGUCUAUAUCUCUGCUAAAGUCUACCGAAUCAUUUGAUGGAUAUAAAAUGGCAAACUCCCCCUUCUACAAUUUGCUAUCGAUGCUGGAGAAUGAAAUAAGUUUAUCGCUCAAGCAGCUUUGUAUUUACACCGAGACACUGUUAUUUACUAAGUUUGACAGUUCAUUUGAUACUUAUAGGGUUAUACAGCAUCUGUACGGCAACUAA